GGAAGAUUCAAAAUGUUAGGAAACUGAGAGAAACGCGAAGAGCACUCAUCAUUUUCCUCUGCACAGUUUGGAUCCGAUUCACAAUGAAAGUUGAGGAUUCGAAACGAUGGACGGUGACAUACACGAAGCAAAUCAAGCAGAAACGCAAGGUUUACCAGGAUGGAUUUCUAGAGCUUCACAUUCCCACCACCAAGGUGAAGCUGUUUGAUGAGUGCGAGAAGCUGUUGACGUGUAGGCUCUUGAAGAAUGACGAAUCGGUUACCUCUGGUGAGACUAUGGAGUUCAAUGGUUACCUUGUUGACAUCGGUGAUCCUGAGGGAGGUAACUACAAGACUGGAUCUGAUUUGAAUGUUGAUAUAAAACACAAGAAUGCUUCGAGAUUCAAAACACCUUGUGUAGGUAUCAAAAUGAAUGGAAAGGAGAAUAUCGCACGGGCGCAGAAGCCUCUCAGUCCAUCACGAAAAAUCAUCAAAGAAUUCAAGAAGAGGGAACUGCUGAAGUAUGUAUCACCGAAGGUCAGUCAGGAUACACCUAAACCUAGUACAAAAGAGUGGCAAGUUCUAUACACAAAACACAUGACUCAGAAGGCAAAGAAGUACCAUGACGGUUUUUUACGACUAGUUAUUUGUGGAUCUCAGGGGGCACAGGUUAAGCUGUUUGAUUCAAGUAGGAAUCUCUUAGAUAGUAGGUUCCUUAAGAAAGAUGAAACAAUAAUAUCUGGUGAAUCGAUUGCAUUUGAUGCACAUUUGGUUGACAUUGGUGAGGAUCAAGGAAGUAAUACACCAGAUUCCUGUGUUCAAGGAGUCAACUGUAGUAAUGCGGAGAGAGUGGGGAAGAUGGAAAGAAAACAAACUUCUCUUGACACUGAUGCCCAUGUAAAUGUUGGGAAAAGUGAGUGGCGGGUCCUAUACACAACACAGUUAACCCAAAAAGCCAAGAAGUAUCACGAUGGCUUUUUACAACUAGAACUUUGUGGAUCCCUCGGGAGGCAGGUUGUUCUUUGUGAUAUCAGUAAAAGGCCUUUAGAACGCAGGUUCCUAAAGAAAGAUGAAGUUAUAAAAGUUGGUGAAUCAGUACAUUUUGGUGGGCAUUUAGUGAAUGUUGAAGAACCUGAAGGAAGUCAACAAUGUCCAGUGAAGUUGAAUGACCGAGGGAUUGGUAAUAAUGUUGUUGAGAGGAGACAACUAAGACAAGUACAAAAUGGCUGUCACAAGGUCAAUCCAUCAUUUGCUGUUAAUCCAUCUGUGAUAAAUAUUGAAGAACCUGAAGGAAGUCAACAAUGUCCAGUGAAGUUGAAUGACCGAGGGAUUGGUAAUAAUGUUGUUGAGAGGAGACAACUAAGACAAGUACAAAAUGGCUGUCACAAGGCCAAUCCAUCAUUUGCUGUUAAUCCAUCUGUGAUAAAUAUUGAAGAACCUGAAGGAAGUCAGCAAUGUCCAGUGAAGUUGAAUGACCGUGAGAUUGGUAAUAAUGUUUCUGAGAGGAGACAAGUAAGACAAGUACAAAAUGGAUAUCACAAUGUCAAUCCAUCUGUUACUCAAGGACAACCGGCGAAAAGACCUUGUCUCGGGCAAGAUGCAGGGUUGAACUCUCUCUUUGCUAGGAUAGAAGAGAUAAAAUCUAAUGGGGUAGUCCCACCAAUCAAGCCUUUCCGUGAUGCCAGUCAAAUAUUAUCGAUUUUACAAGAUCCUAAGCAUCAGGAAAGUUAUGGCACAGGUGCCCAAUCGUCCAAUGGGUCAAGAGAAAGUGGUAUGGUUAGGGAAUCAACUGAGACUGUAGAAACCCACAACAUUAUGUCUUCCAAAGAAGCAUGUGGUGGUGGUGGUUUCCAGUUCACCGAGAAUGUCAAUAUGUCUCACCAGGUCCACUCAGACAAGGAAGCUCAAACACAUAUAAGCGAGGCAGAUUUUGAUUUACUCAUAUCAAGUUCUGGUGAUCAUUCUCACUGCCUGAUUUCUAAUGAAGAGAUGAGUGAUGAGGAGUUCUCGUGUAAAAGUGAUGCAUUCCCAAGCUUUGAUCUUGGAUUUUAACAGUAACCGAUCGAUGCGUGCAUGUGUUCUAUGUUGUUUCAUGGAGGCCAAUGUUUGGUAUAUCUAUGAUCUAUUCUACUACUGUUCUUUAUUGGAAAUUGAAAGAAAAAAAAGUUCAGUUUUAUUAUAUGAACGACUACAUAUUACAAUAGCAUUAGAAAUUCUGAUUAUAAAAGAGUAAGUUCGUAAUCUAAAAUUAAUUGAUACGAAAUGUAAUUUAAAGUGUAAAGUUCGUUUCCUUAUAAGAUUUUGACAGACCAAUACUUUAUUCAGUUCACAGUGGAAAGAUGUCAAAAAACUGUUUGAUCGUCAUUAUCAAACAAGCAGCACCAACGAGCUAUGUUAGAUGCAGCAUCGAACAAUCUUAUUUUAGUAGUGGAAAUUAAAUUAAGGCUAAAAAGAACUUUUGGGCCCUGAUGUUUCAAGUUUGUGCAAAUUAUGCCUCUACUCUAUUUUUGUUGAUGUUUCUAUCUUUCAUGUUUUCAAACAGUGCACCGUCUACCCCUCCGUCAGUCAGACGUUAAAAAACUAACAGAAAAAACUGAUUUGGCUUUUUUCUUUUAUAUUUUUUGGACCUGUCACGUGAAAAUUACAAGUGAAAUUGAAAAAAGGAGGCAUGAGAGAUUCAAACUCAAGACCUGUAAGUAGCAAAACAUGCAUUUAACGAGUUUAGUUACAUACAUAAUUGAUAUAUACAUCAAGCAAAUUUAAUUUAUAUCAUUUCUUUGAUCAUCAUCAACUUCAUAUACUCCUCUUCAUCUCUCAAAUCCACUCCGGAACCUCUCAUGAGAAAGCCUGACUGACGGAGGGGUAGACGCUGCACUGUUUGAAAACAUGAGGGGUAGAAACGUCGACAAAAAUUGAGUAGGAAUAGAAUUUGCACAAACUUGAAACAUCAGAGGCCAAAAAUGCUUUUUAACCUUAAAUUAACAAUUUGCUUGAAGCUUAUCCGGAAAAAAAAAAUCAAAAUGAAUUUAUUAGCUUUUGAAAUUAGUAAAUGUAUAAAAAGUUUGAUCCAAAAUGUAUAAUUGAAUCUUAAAUUUUAGCUGCCUAAAUUUCAAUGCAUGCACAUUAAAUUAAAAAUAUGCACUUUUUUGUCAGAAGGUAAAAUGGGCCGUGAAUUGGCUUUUUUAUACAUGAAGUAUAAUUUAUUUUUAAGAAAUAUCUUUAAAUAAUUUGUAUUUUCAUAUAAUCUUGUAAUUACUUUUAUAAGUGUAAUGGUUUAUGUUCAUGUGGUGAACUAGCAGAUUCAGCUUUGAUCAAUUGAAUAACUCUGUCUUAGGUUAAUUGACUAGUUGGAUGAUCAAAUCGUUUAGAUAAGAUAAAAUAUGUCUUUUCAGAGUCUCAAUCUUCUAUUAUAAUCAGUUUUACAUAAAAUUUAAUAUUUUACACAGUUAUAAGUUACUUUUAUGAAGAGAAUGUAGGUAUUAUUAUUUGUUACUAGUUACAACAUCCAAAUUAACCUCUUUAAAAUGCAAAUAGUAGAAAAUUUCUACGUUAGCAUUCCUAAAAAAAAAACAAAAACAAAAAAGUUACAGCAUGCUAAAGUGCGCCGCUGUGCGCUAUGUAAACAUUAUCUAUUUCUACAUUUCUGGGACUGUGCUAUCUCUCACUCUUCCACUCCCAGAA